AUGGGCAGGCAAGAGAUAACCUGUCUUAUCCAAGACUUGUAUCAUUUGAUGAUGCCACGGGUCGUAAUGCCAGAGGAAUUAUUACCGCAAGGCAUAGAGGCUUUCGGGUUGGGUCUAAACCUCUGGCUGAACAUUAAUAUAAUUUUGACACCCGCCUUCCCGGAGUUGCUCCUUAACAUGAGGAAGGUCUCGUUCAAUCUUCAGGGCGAACUCUCAAGAGUGAAUCUUCAGUGGGACCUCUUCCUUUACUAUAUAUUUAAGAAGAAUAAUAAAGUACAUAAAUCCACCACGACAAUGAUAACUAAUCAAACCAUAAAAUAA